UGGCGGCGGUGGUGCGUGGUACCCGUGGCGACGGACGCGAGCAUUUCGUUAAUUCGUUUGUUUAUAUUUCCAACCGCGAGGAUUAAGGUAUAUAGGUAUACUCAUAAUAAAGUAUUCUAUGACGAGUGAAUUGGCCAUUGGGUAAUCGUUAGUAUUUUCCGUGUAGAUGUAUUACAAUCGUUGCUGCUUCCUCACCAUUCGAUAUAGUUCGUAUUUUCGAUUCCGUUUUAAGUAUAUGAUAAUAUUAAACAGGUAAGUAGGUACUGUACCCGUAUAAUGUCUGCCGACAAGGAAACGGUCCUCAGGCCGCACAAGAACAGUAGCCGGCGGCAGACGUUUGAGAUGCCAGGUGGCGAAAGUGAGCGUGCCCGGCAGUCGACCACGCACGAGACUUACCGGCCGCCUAAGACUGUCGCCGAAAAACCACUAGACGAUAAAGAGAGAAAAAGAAAAGAAUUUGAAGAAUAUUUGUGGAAAACAAUGACUGAAAAAGUAAUGAACGACUUGGCAGCUAAAUCAAAAACAUUUUAUGAUCAAAAUAGACAGUUUGAAACUACGUACAGCAGUACAUUUAAAAUCAAAGGGUUCAAACCUAAAGAAAUUGGAGAACAAUUGGACGAAGAACUAUGCGCCAAGUAUCCAUUGUACAACACAAAUGGUAUGUCUGUGCCGGUUAAUCGGUACGAGUACGUUAAAGCUAAGCAAUCUAUUCACAAGCCUUUGGCGCAUCUAUUCAAAAAGGAUAGCCGGUUCACCAGUCGAAUGAGCAACCCUAACGAUUAUCACGCUCCAGUUGAUCCAGAACAUUUUGCUUUUGUUUAAAAAAAAGUAAAACUCUACUUAUACUGUACUUUGACAUGUGCUAUGUUAGGUAUAACCUGCUGAGCUUGAAACCCAAAACAGGGCUCUCCGUAUGAUAACCUUCGCACCUUGGUUUAUAUCUAACUCCACACUAUGCUCUGAUCUAAAAAUGGAAUCAGUUGACCAAUUAGCCACUAAACAUUACAAAUCUUUUUAUUCCAAGCUUUUUUCCCAUACUAACCCAUUAUAGUGUCACAAAUCUCGUCAAAUACUCAACCAAUAAAUCCUACCCAUCGGCCCAAGAGAAAAUAUUGCAGAGAUUUACUAACAUAAAAUAAUAUAUCACGCUGGGUUCCAUCGCUGGUUGCCGAUUGGCCUCCCUUCUCAUAUUACUAAAAGUUAAAAUGUACGUAAAUUAUCAAAUUUGCUUACUAUGCUAUUCUAACAUAGAUGGUUUUUUUUUUUUGUUUUUCAAUCCGGAGAUUGGUUUUUAAUAGAUAGCAUAGAUGGUAAAUAUUCUUUAUAAAUAAGAUAAUAUUAUUAAGAUUUAUUGCAGAGAUAUUUUUAAUUCAUUGUAAUCCUACCGCCCAAGAAUCUUUUCAAUUCAAAUUCAUCAGUCUGUUGAUAAAGAAAAAACUAUUUAGGAAUACUUUAAAAACUAUUAUUUUAUGGAAUAAAAUGUCAAUAAAUGUGAUUUGGAAUUUAUUUUUCCCUUUAAUCUUUACCUACUUACCUAUAAUAAUAUGUGUAUGAUAAUUUGCAUCAUGGGCAGUAAGUCGCAUAACGCACACUAACUGCUUCUAGCAUGACAUGAAUUUAAGUUAAAUAUUAUAAGUACUAAAGUACCUGUUACAAAUAAACUUACUAUUGAGAUAUAUUGAGUAAGAAUAAUUAUUUUCUUACAAUACUUUCAGAAAUGAAAAAAAAAUCAAUUUGGUUCUAAAAUCAAACAUUUAAUUAUCAAAUUACAGAUUCUAACAAACUACCCUUAUACAAUAUUAUCAUUUGCGUAUUUUAAGAGCUGGAAGGUUAAGUAAUUUAUAUUU